UCCCGGCCACAAGGGGGCGCUGUUGGAGAGGUCUCCGGUGCUACGUCAUCACGUCUCUCCGCUUACGAUGGAACAGCGUGUAAAAAACGUGAAGGUUGGCUCCUGAAAGCUGCUGGAGACAUAAGAAGCAGAAUGAGGGACGCUGCUUUCCUCACGUCGUGUGUAGCUGUGGGUCUCCUCCUGAGCUUCAGCCUGGCUGCCAGACAAGGACAGGACAUCAGAUGUGGAGCCUGCAGGGCUCUGGUGGAUGAGAUGGACUGGGCCAUCUCCCAGAUAGACCCCAAGAAAAUGAUCCAGACAGGCUCCUUCAGGAUCAAUCCGGAUGGGUCUCAGUCCAUCAGAGAGGUUCCUCUGGCUCGCUCUGAGGGAAACCUCCUGGAGCUGAUGGAGAGCGUGUGUGAGAGGAUGCAGGACUACGGGGAGCGCACGGACCCUUCCACAAACAGGAAGUCCUACGUCAGGGUCAAGUCUCGGAGCGGCGAGACCAUGGACCUGUCUGAGGCCACGCUGGACUCCAGAGUCACAUCCAGUUUAAAGUUUGCA